AUGGAGGCGUGUAAUGUCGUUGAACGUGAAGUUGACAAGAUUUUAUUAAAAUUUGGAGUGGUAAACGAACAUGCAGAGACAGUACUACAAGAUCUAAUAAAUCAUAUUGAAUCUUUGAAAAAGGAAUUUGCAGAAGCACCAGCCAAUCAUGAGUUAACACCGGGACAAGUGCAAAUAUUAAAAGAGGCAAUGAAAAAAGUUUGUGAAACUGUGCAUCGUUUAACCACAGAACACAGAGAGCUACAUGGUUCUGUUUCAAAAGUAGGAAAAGCAAUUGACAGAAAUUUCACUGCAGAUUUUGCAAGUACUAGUAGAGAAGAUGUUUUCUCAGGGCCAGAAAAAUCACACCUUUUAAAUCAAGUUAUUUGUCAACAUUUUUAUCGUCACGGCAUGUUAGAUAUUGCAGCAGAAUUAGCAGCGGAAGCUGGAAUUAAAACAGAUGAAGGUACAAAAGAGCCAUUUACAGAAUUAAAUUAUAUACUGGAUUGUUUAAAGCAAAGAAAUUUAGAACCAGCGCUUGAUUGGGCCAAAAAACACAGGGAGGCACUUUUAGCACAAAAUUCGUCUCUUGAAUUUAAGCUUCAUAGGUUACAUUUUAUAAGACUGAUUCAACAAGGACCUAGCAAACAAACUGAAGCAAUAACUUAUGCUCGUCAAAAUCUUACGCAAUAUGUCGGACGACACGGAAAAGAGGUGCAAGCUUUAAUGGGCACACUACUUUAUUUACCAAAUGGAAUACAAUCUUCUCCUUACAGUCAUUUAUUAGAUCCUACUUUAUGGUUAGAUAUUCACGAUGUAUUCACAAGAGAAGCUUGCACAUUAUUUGGUUUAAGCGUAGAUAGUCCUCUAUCUGUAUGGUAUAUCGAAAUAGAUCUCGGUAAAGACGGUCGUUAUCAUUCAGUUUUCGCAUGUCCAAUCUUGAGGCAACAAAGUACAGAAAAUAAUCCACCAAUGAAAUUAGUCUGUGGUCACGUUAUUUCAAGAGAUGCGUUAAAUAAACUUACAAAUGCAAAUAAGUAUGUAUUUUAAUAAAAAGCCGAAUUAAAUUGAAAAUUAAAACCAUUUAGGAAAAACAUAACAAAAAGCAAAGAAGAUUGAUAAACUAUAAACCCAUUGAAUUUUGUUUUUCAGAUUAAAAUGCCCAUAUUGCCCAGUAGAACAAAAUCCAGAAGAUGCUAGACUUAUAUAUUUUUAG